AUGUCCUUCUUCGGUUUCAAUACCACCCUGCCUAGGGAUCGAGCUCCUGCGGGCGAACAGAGGGGUAUCUUCGACACCCCUGAUCCGUUCGCCGAAGUCGCCCGCGCCAGACUGGCAGCAAACUUCCAAAGCGGCGAGGAUGACGACGUCAUCGACUUUGAGGAUACGUACGACGGCCUGGGAGACCAACUGGACGAUGACCAGGAUGCGUUCAACGAUGACACGUUUGGUGGCGGCUUCGACACCGGCCCGGUUGGAAAGGAUUUCGACUUCUUCGGAAAGACUGCUCAGGUCGCCGAUGUAAUCGGGGAGGAGCAGAUCCGCUACAGCCUUCAGAAACCCGGUGCGCCUGCGACCGCGCCUUCGCAGCCCAGCGCCGAUACUGCUCUGCCGGACACUACGGCCCAGAAGCCCAAACGGUCUGGCUAUGAGAAGUACAACGACCCGGGUUACAUCCCCGACCUUCAGGCCAAGUCUAGCGUCUGGGGCAUGUCGAAGAAGCCGGAACAGCAGCUCCAGCAACAGCAGCUCCAGCAACAGCUACAACAGCUACAGCAGCCCACGCCUCAGAUGGUAGCGCAAGCGAAGAAGAUGCUGAGUCUCGAGGAGGUGGAAGCGCAGCUGCGGAGACAGGAGCCCACUCAGCCUCUCCAGCGAGCUCAGAUGCCCCCUCUGCCCGAAGGCUUCCCGCAGCUGCCGCCUGAGAUUCUACAGGCCCAGUUCGCCAAGGGAGUGCCACCGGCGCAGUUGUUGCACCAGCCACCCAUGGUUCCAGAGCCGUAUCCGCUUCCUCCAAAUCUGCCGAUACAUAUGCUGCAAAAUGCCAACUUGCCGCCUCAGCACAUGGUGCCUCCCCAACGUCAGGCGAUGCCACCGGCGGCUCAGCGACCCCAGCAGCAGCAACCGCCCCUACCUCAAGCUCCCCGUGGUAACAACGCGCAAUUGCCAGUGAUUACCAACUCUCAGCAGUUGAUGCACCUGACGGAAGAGCAGCGCGUAGCGUACCUGAUGGAAGAUGCCAAGCGUGCGAAGCGCAACCACAAGAUCUUCCUUCUAUCCAGGGGCAACGGGCUGAUGACCCCGCAAGACAAGAACUUCAUCACCCGAAUCCAGCUUCAGCAACUAGUCGCUGCUGCUGGCAACGUGGCGGACUCUGAUGCAGAAGCGGUCUUGGCAGAGGACUUCUACUAUCAGGUUUACAGCCAGAUCCGGGGUGCGCCGCGGCAACACCCACACCAACCUCUCGGUCACUUUGCGCAGACAUACCUCCUCCAGACAGGCAACAGACUCGGGGGCCAUGGCUCUCGCCGGCAGUUUCAGAGCGCCGACAAUCACAUGCAGAGAAUGCAGCAGCAGGUCCAGCGUGCGGUGGAGGCCGCUAAGCAGAAGCCUAAGAACAAGCAGCUUAUCAUUGAGGGCAGCUUGGGUAAGAUUUCUUUCAGCAACGCCAAGACGCCAAAGCCCAUGCUCAACAUCAAGCGUCCGGAGAGCUCGGAAGGCGCUAAGACGGUGAAAAAGCCUCACACCGAUUUGAGUGUUAGCGACCGCAAAUCAGUCCUGACCAACCUUGAGAGCGUUUACAGCACGCUUAUGGAUAUGGAGGACAUGGAGCGCACGAUGCCUCCCCCGCCAGAUGAGAAUGAUCCCGAGGCCAUUCAGAAGCACAUGGAAUGGAGACAGAAGAUCCGCUCGCUCAACCAGAAGUUGUGGCGCGACCUUAAGGUCAUGGAACCCAUUGUCCCCAACACCAACACUCCCCAUCCGUUCAUUGCCUUCCUUGCUUAUCCCAAGGGCAAGAAGGCCAUCCCCCGCAUUUUCCGCCACAUUGAUCAGGAGCAGCGUGUUACUAUUCUUACUAUGAUCGUUGUGCACUUGGAUUCUCUGGACGUCGUCCGGCGCGCCCAGCCUGUUCCGGGUGAGACCCAGCCCUCUCUGGCCGUUCGGGAAGCCAUUGAGCUUUUCUCUCAGGCCGUCAUGCCCAGUCUUCUGGGGUACGUCAACGAGGCGCCAUUCAAUAUUAUCAUUGGCUUGCUGGGACUUGUCAUUGCGCAGACGCAUGUCCAGAUGAUCGCGAGGACCCGCAUUGGACUUGGAAUCUUGACCAUGCUUCUCAGUCGGGCCGAAAUCGUGAAGGAGGCUGGACAGGCUACGGAGCGGGACUGGCAGCAGUGGGUUGAGAAGUUCAAUGUGCUGUUUGACACCCUUGAACCUACGUUUGCAGAUAUCUUCCCCAGCUCGAUCAAUGCUGGCGACGACAUGUAUGUGUGGCAGUUCUUGGCUGCAGUUGGUAUCGGAGCUAGCCCCGAACAACAGCAACGCCUUGUUAUUGCGGUUAACAAGACGCUUCCUGCCGAUAUGGCCAGUGCGCGUCUUGGCAACGUCAACCUUUUCAUGCGGGCUAUUGGCCUCGAUGUCGAACUUCUAGGUUAA